ACAAACCCAACUGAAGUCACAGUUCACCCUUUGGAUCUGGAACUUACUGUAGCUCCACAACUUACUGCUGAGGGAGAAUUUUCUCAAAACAUGCAAGAGACCACAACUCAAACUAUAGAACCACCUAAAGAGGUUGAAGCUUUAGCCCCAGUUUAUCAGGAGUUGACAGUUCCAACACCAGGUCAGGAUCGAGCCGAGUAUCCAGUUUCACCCAGUGUCACAUCUCAGCCCUUGGAUCUGGAACUCACCAUAACUUCAGAGUCUACUCCAGAGUCUCACCAUCGUACAAUUCCAGAGGAGACUAUAGUUCCUACUCCAGAGUACCCUCUGGCAAUAUAUCCAGAGCCUGUCGAUAAUAAGCAUGCCCAUAUGACUGAAGUCACCAUUCAACGUUUGCAUCAAGAACUUACGGUAACUUAUCAAAAUAUUAAUGAUGGAGAACUUUCUCAAAGUAUGAAAUUGAGUACAACUCAUAUCAUCAAACCACCUAAAGAGGAUGUAGCUCAGGCCCCAGAAUUUCGAGAGGUGACAGUUCCAAUACCAGUUCGGGGUCAAACUGAGUAUCCAACACUACCCAGGAUCUCAUUUCAGUCUCUGGAUGAGGAACUUACUGUAUCUUCUCAGCCUCCUACAGGGACUCUCUAUUUUCCAAUUCCAGAGCAGACUACAGCUCAUAGUUCAGGUCACAAUGUGCCGCUGAGCCCAGAUGAGUUUAGAAAAUCACCUAAAAAGGUUGUAGCUCAAACUCUAGAAUAUGAGAAGGGCAUGGUUCCAGCUCCAAUUCAGAGGCAAGAUGAGUAUCUAACAACACGGUAUCAGCCCUUAGACGUGGAGCUCACUAUAACUUCAGAGCCUACUAGAGAAGCUUAUCAUCCUACAACUCUCA